GAGGGGCAGGGACCCGCCGCCCCCGGUGAUCGCCGUCUGCCGGCGGUGCCGCUGUCACCUCGCGGGGCCGGGGAUUGGCCGGCUAAAAAUGCCGCCCUAAUCUCCGAGCUGAUCUUUACCCCCUCCCUCCGCCCCAUCUGCCGCGACCUGCCCGCGAUGCGCAGCGCCGGCCCCGGGACGGGCUCCGCCGCGGCCCCGAGUGCAUGAGGCUGGUGUUUGCCCAGGAGCCACCCAGUGCCCGCUCUGACACCCAAGACAACACCAGGAGCCAUGUCGGGUUCCUACGACGAGUCGGCAGCGGCUGCGGAGGAAACAACCGACAGCUUUUGGGAGGUGGGGAACUACAAGCGCACGGUGAAGCGGAUCGACGAUGGACACCGGCUCUGCAACGACCUCAUGAACUGUGUGCACGAGCGGGCCAAGAUCGAGAAGUCCUACGCCCAGCAGCUCACUGACUGGUCCAAGAGGUGGAGGCAGCUCAUCGAGAAAGGUCCCCAGUAUGGCAGCCUGGAGAAGGCGUGGGCAGCCAUCAUGACGGAGGCAGACAAGGUGAGUGAGCUGCACCAGGAGGUGAAGAACAGCCUGCUGAACGACGACUUCGAGAAGGUCAAGAACUGGCAGAAGGAUGCCUACCACAAGCAGAUCAUGGGGGGCUUCAAGGAAGCCAAGGAGGCUGAGGAUGGCUUCCGGAAAGCCCAGAAGCCCUGGGCCAAGAAGCUCAAGGAGCUGGAGACAGCCAAGAAAGCCUAUCACCUGGCAUGCAAGGAGGAGAAGCUGGCAAUGACCCGGGAAGCCAACAGCAAGGCGGAUCAGUCCAACACCCCAGAGCAGCAGAAGAAGCUCCAGGACAAAGUGGAAAAGUGCAAGCAAGACGUACAAAAGACCCAGGAGAAGUACGAGAAGGUGCUGGAUGAGCUGAACAAGUGCACCCCGCAGUACAUCGAGAGCAUGGAGCAGGUCUUCGAGCAGUGCCAGCAGUUUGAGGAGAAGAGACUCAACUUCCUCAAGGAAAUGCUCCUGGACAUCAAGAGGCACCUGAACCUGGCCGAGAGCAGCAGCUACGCCAACGUGUACCGGGAGCUGGAGCAGACCAUCCGCCUCUCGGACGCGCAGGAGGAUCUGCGGUGGUUCCGCAGCACCAGCGGCCCCGGGAUGCCCAUGAACUGGCCCCAGUUUGAGGAGUGGAACCCAGACCUGACACACACGAUAACGCGGAAGGAGAAGCAGAAGAAGGGCGAGGGGGUGACCCUGACCAACGCCAGCAGCGCCAGCGAGUCGGGGGCUCUGGCGGGCGAGCGUGGGAGCGUGAGCAGCCACGACCGCGGGCAGACCUACAGCGCCGAGUGGUCCGAUGACGAGGGCAGCAACUCCUUCAACACCAGCGAGGCCAACGGCGGCACCAACCCCUUCGACGAGGAGGCGGCGGGGAAGGGCGUGCGGGUGCGGGCUCUGUACGACUACGACGGGCAGGAGCAGGACGAGCUCAGCUUCAAAGCAGGUGAUGAACUAACCAAACUCGGUGAGGAAGACGAGCAGGGAUGGUGCAAAGGGCGCUUGGACAACGGGCAGUUAGGGCUCUACCCCGCCAACUACGUGGAGGCAAUCUAAGUCUUGUGGUGUGCUCCUCGUCACCAUCAGCAGAUAAAUCCACCCUCCGUUGUCUCCAUCUCUCCACCAGCCAACCAGCCAUUCUGCCGUCUGGUCCUCCACUCCUCAUACUUAGAGAUUCAGACAUAUUUUCCGACCAAGCUUUUAUUUUUUUAAGAGUUGUCUCCGAAGAGUAUUUUGCAUAGUCGCUUUCUUCUAAGAUAACGUGAAGCGAAAGAUGACGUUGUCCGUCCGUCUACGUUAGUUGAUUUUUUUUCCGAGUGAAAAGCCGAUACCUCAAGAUCUUAAAGCCCAACCAGUGAGAGCUCCUGAUUGGUUGGUUUUUAAAGAUACUGAAAUCAUGAGCCGCCUUCUGAUUGGCUGGAACUGUUCUGAAAUGCACGGCGCCGAAGCUCCUGGGACCAACCAAAUUCAUCCCAGAAAACUGAGAGGGAUUGGAGUCUGACUCCGGUUGUUUUUUUUGGUGUUUCCAUGUUCUCCCCAGUUCAUCCUCCCACCCCGAGGAAGGGGAUGACUGGCCCCCUUCAGCCCCACGGCCAUCCUUGAGAUGCCCAGGUGAGGUGGGACCAGCCCCACCGUGGAGCUUGAUGGCAUCUCCUCAGCUUCCUCCUCUUCCCGAGCUGACGCCUGGCCUGUGCUGCAGGGAGCAGCACCACCCUUCAGGAGGGCAGGUAUCCAGCACACACCAGAUACGGGUGAGAUGGCCCCAAAAUCCAGCACUGUCCAGAGAAGGACUCACCACAGCCCAGUGCUGCUGGAAGCACCUUCACACCCAGCCUGGGAUAGUGAGGACUGGCUUGGACGUGGCUGGGGAUGGUCUCCGUCCACCCCCUUCCUGAAGAGAGGCAGGAGCAGAUGAGGGAGGGGGGAUGAGCAUCAUCCAGCUUUGGAGGACACCAGCAGCAGCUGCAGCCAGUGGAGGAGGAAGAAGAAGAGAAGGAGGAGGAAGAAGAAGAGGAGGGGUAGGAGGAGGAGGGCUUGGCACAGGCAGCAGACCCAGCCCGGGCAGAGCAGCUGCCUGGUGAAGACGGCCGAGAACAAGGCAUGCCAAGGCAGGGGAACGGCCACAGGCUUUGCCCUUUGCUUGUCCCCGAGGGGCUCUGCCCCCCUCCCCUGGGCUCUGCCACCCUGCAGUCCCCACGGGUGCUGCCCCCAGCACGGCCACCCCACCCCUCUGCCUCGGGUGCAUUUGUCACCCCGAGCUCUUCCCUACAGAUCACCUCUCAUUUUUUUCCAUACCAUCACCCUUAGCAGCAUCGACGCCAUCAGCUUCCUGCACGCUCCUCCCGCUCCUGUCCCGCCCCCUCCUUUGGUUCGUGAAUUUUUUGGCCCCAGGGAUCCAGUGUUCUCAUGGAAGCACCGUGUGCUGGGCAUGGUGGGCGGGAGCCGCCCGGCCCCUGCCAGGUACCAGGAAAAAACCACAAAGUCAGAAAAGACCCAACCAACCACCUGUCUCAGCAAUGCACCCCGGUUUUUGUACAUCGAUUGUGUAAUUUAAGAAGUAUAUAUAUAAUAUAUAUAUAUAUAUCGUGAUUGUAUUUCAGUGGAUACAACAACAAAAAGCAGCAAGAGAAAAUAA